AUGAACGCCAUAGUUGUCAUAGUUCUUGUGGUUCUGGUAGCUGACUCGUACGCGAAACCCUUGAAGAGAGGCUCCGGUCCUAAUUUAUGGUGGGACCAAUUUGAAGAAUGUGCUGGACUGAAACAAUCACCAGUUUACCUGAAAAAAAGCAUCGCAGUGGACCAAUGCUUUGAAGAUAUAAAGUUAACGGGAUUUGGUACCACCCCACCAGUAGGUGCUACCAUGACACUGACCAACAAUGGUCAUACUGUUAAAAUGUCACUUAGUGGUGACUACCUUGUUGAUGGUGGUGGACUUGGAGCAACCUACAGAGCCGGGCAGUUUCAUUUUCACUGGGGUAAAAACAAUGAUCGUGGAUCUGAGCACUUCAUGGACUUUACACCUCACCCAGCUGAAAUGCACAUUGUGACCUAUGACACUAGCCGCUUCGGAAGUAUAGCUGAAGCUGUGGGGGAAGAUGGUGGAUUGGCUGUUUUAGGUUUUCUUAUAGAGGUUAGUCCCACCCGAGACCAAACGAUAAAAUAA